AUGCAUCCCGCAAGGAAGGAAAUCAUUGAUCGGCUGCGGAGAGACUGUCUGAGGAUUUGGCACAAAGGGGUGGAGGCUGUGCGGCCGCAGAAUUGUAUUCUGAGGCACGUCCAGGUUCAAAGAGAUGUGCUGUUCGUCGGAGGCAGGGAAUUCCCACUCGACCGAAAUUGCUACAUUGUUGGAUUUGGAAAGGCCGUCCUGGGCAUGUGCGACGCCCUCAUGAACCUCCUCGGCCACCACGUCCAGCGCGGGAUCCUCAGCGUCCCCACCGGCUCCGUCUUCCCCUCCCGCAAACCCUCCCCGCACACACCUCUACCCUCCCACCCUUCGAUCCAGGUCUACGAGGGCGCCGCGGAGAACCUUCCCGACCGCGCCUCUCUCCUCGCCGCCAGUCGGAUCCAGGACUUUGUCCAGGGCCUCCAGGCUUCUCACGUCUGCCUCUUCCUCGUUUCUGGAGGAGGAUCGGCGCUGCUCCCAUCGCCGAAGCCGCCGGUGACGUUGGAAGAGAAGACGGAGACGACCCGGCUGUUGAGCGCGGUGGGGGCGAAUAUCCGGGAGGUGAAUACGGUGAGGAAGAAGCUGUCGACGGUCAAAGGGGGGAGGUUGGGGGGGAUGCUCAGGGGGGAGGGGGUGGGGUUCGUCCUGUCGGAUGUGGUGGGGGGUGGGAUGGAGGCGGUGGCGAGUGGGCCGACGGUGCCGGAUGAGGAUCCGCCAGGGAGGGCGAUGGAGGUGCUCCGAAAGUAUUCGCUGGAGAGGAGGGUGGCGGGGAGCGUGCUGGAGGCGGUGGGGGAGAUGGGGACCCGGGAGGGGGGAGGUCGGGUGAUCAACGUCUUGGUGGGGUCGAAUCGGGAUGCGUUGGAGGCGUGUGCGAAGGAGGCGGAAGGGAUGGGGUAUAGGGCGUUCGUCUUGUCCGAGACCCUAGUGGGGGAGGCGAGGGAGGUAGGACGGGGGUUGGCGAGGUUGGGGAGGUUCCUUCUCGAGGGGAAUGGGGAGGAGGCGAGGAGGUUGGGGGUCGAGUACGGGCUCGAUUGCGAGGGGGUGUCGAGGUGCUCCGAGUCGAGGUUGGCGCUCAUCGUGGGAGGGGAGACGACGGUGACGGUGAGGGGGGAUGGGGUCGGGGGGAGGAAUCAGGAGAUGGCGCUCGCCUUUGCCCUCGAGUGCGAGGGGGUCGAGUUCUGCAACGGGGAGAUGUGUUUCAUGUCUGCUGGGACGGAUGGGGUGGAUGGGCCGAAGGGGGGAGCGGCGGGGGCAGUCGCGUAUCCGGGGCAGGUGGAGGAGGCGCGGGGGGAGGGGAUGGAUCCGGGGGGGUUUCUCGAGAGGAAUGAUUCCUAUAGCUUCUAUCGGGUGUUUUCCGGGGGGGUGGAUCAGGUGAUGACGGGGCAUACCGGCACCAAUGUCAUGGAUGUUCAGGUGCUUCUGCUUCACUUUGCUUGA